AUGGAACCUAAAAAUUAUGCUGCCUUGCGUUCUCUUUUGAAAAAAUCCCAAGGAGAAAAAAUCGCCCCCCAUGUUUUUAAAUUAGAGAACAUUCAACCUGUUAAAAAAUAUUUAGACCAACAAAGAAUUAUUUACGAGACUUACCAGCCAGAAACUAAUAUAGUAGUUAAUAAAUUAAAAUUAAAAGAGCAGUUGGCAUCGGCUUACAAAGUCAGUGCUAAAAAGGAAGAAUUAACCGCUGAAGAACUUAAGUUAUUUUCAGUUCUGGCGAUGCCUAUUUCUCCCUCGCCUGGAACUGGUUUAAAAAAAGAAAGUAGAAUAUUGUUACACCGCAUUAGAGCAAUUUAUAAGAGCAAACCUCGGAUAUUAGAAUACUUAGGAAAAGUCAGUCCACAAUUAGUGCUACAACCUGAUUAUGAUGGACCAGAUAUUUCUCAAGCCCUGCCAGUUAAUGCUACACCUUUAGAAAAAGCCAAAUAUAAACUUUGUGAGAAAAUUUUGGCUUAUCAGCAAGAUAAUAAUUUAUCAAUUACGGAAGUAGCUGAAAGAAUUAAAUUAACUACGGCCGAAACCAAAGACAUUUUUCAUUAUCACCUCGACUGUUUUACUUUUGAUCGCCUAAUUACUUAUGCUAAUCGUUUAUUUUCUCCGAGGGAAAUUGAAGUAGUUAUUAACGAAAAAAAAGUUGGCACUCAUGCUGAUACGGGAGCAAAUUUACUUUCAAUGGAAGAACAAUUAACGAAAUCACUAUCACCGACCAUACUUGAAAGAAAAAAGGCCGAGAAAGAAACAAUUUUUAAUUGUUCUCUUCUUAAAAGAUUACCAAGGAAUUAA